AUGUCGCUCAGCACUCCGAGCCAAUCUCUCACAUCGGACACAUACCUGGCUAAACUCCUGGACAGAGCAUGCAGCCUCCGCUCACAGAACGCGCUGUGUGAUGUAACGCUGGAGGCAGAUGGGGUUCGCUUUCCAGCGCACAAGAUCAUUUUGGCUUCAGCGAGCAAUUACUGCAAGAUCCUGUUUGUUGGAAACUCGACACAUGCCGGGAGCCCCAAUGCGAACGUGCAGCUGAAAGCCAUCAGCGCUGGGGGGCUGAGGAAUGUUCUCAACUUCAUUUACUCCAACAAACUGGAACUCUCCCUACAGAACGUCGAAGAGACGUUCAAGGCGGCAGAAACCCUUCUCGUCCGGGAAGUGAUCAAGCUGUGCUUUCAGUUUCUGGAGGACGGCCUGAAUCACAAGAACUGCCUGGACACACUCAACAUCGCUAGGAGGCUUGGUCCAGAAGAGUUGAGACAGAAAGCCAUGUACCACGUAGGGCAGCACUACAGACAGAUACUGACUGAUCCUCAGUGCAUGAAGGAGCUGGACAAAGAGACCCUGUGUGAAAUCUUAGACAAGACAGACAUGGCAGGGUGCACCGAGCUGGAGCUAUUCAACGCUGCUGUAAGCUGGCUGCUGCAUGACAGCGCGAGGCUGAAAGGAGCGGCAGAUAUUUUAAGGCGAAUCCGAUUUCCUCUCAUUCCUCUGCGGGAUCUGCAGAGAUACGUGCAGGAAACACCCAUUAUGAGGACAGACUCGGAGUGCCAUAGGUACCUCCAGGAGGCUCUAAUCUACCACUCCCAGCUGUAUGCUCAGCCAGUCCUGCAGACUCAACACACAAGCAGCCGCUCCAGCUCCUCUAUGCUGCUGAUUCUUGGUGGCAGAACCACGGACAACAGAGUCUGCAGAGACAUGUGGGCUGCAGAUGAGAGCUGCAGUGCAUGGAGAAAGAUAGGUGAACUCGCCACACCUGUCUACAACCACUGUGUAGCUGUGAUCAAUAACUUCCUCUUUGUCAUCGGCGGCCAGUCCAGAUUUGAUCCCGCAGGGAAACAUCCUUCAAACGAGGUGUUCCGCUUUGAUCCCCGUGACAUGUCAUGGCUCCAGGUCUCCAGCAUGCUGGAGAGGCGAACGCGCUUCCACGCGGAUGUGCUGUCUGAUUGCAUCCUGGCUGUGGGCGGCGGGACGCUGCUGGGGAAGCUCACCAACACCAUGGAAGCAUACCAGCCUGCGCAGAACACGUGGGAGUGCGCUGCUCCCUUCCCAGUGCCAGUGGCUGAUCAUGCAGGCACCAUCCACAAGGGAAUCCUCUACAUUUCAGGGGGCUUUUCUGCUGGCAAGACCUUGAGGGACACAUACAGCUACCUCCCUCGCCUCCGGCGCUGGAUCGCUAACCGUGCCAUGACCUUCGCCCGGUGUGACCAUGGAAUGGCUGCAGUCAGAGACAGGAUCCUCUGUAUUGGAGGCAGGACUUUAAACGCUGCAGAGGAAUGGAUUCAAGUGAACGAGACAGAACAUUACUGCCCGAUGACUGACCAGUGGACCACGCUAACACUAUCCCCCUUUGGCUGCUGCCAGUUCAGCAUCGCUGUGCUCCACUCUAGACUCUAUAUCACAGGAGGCGGAUCGCUGCGACGCAUGAGUAAAGAAGAUGGCGUGUUCAUCUAUGAUCCCGACGGGAGGAUAUGGAAGAAAGCUGGCUCCCUGCCACAUGCUUUGGUCGAUCAUGCCUCCUGCAUGAUUAAACUGUCCUGUGAGAUGACAGCUGACCAGCAGGAGAGAGGAGUGAAGUGCUCGCCCGGUGGCAACAGCAGAAAGAGAUCCACUCUCAGCUUGUUCAUCACCAACAAACAAGAGCCCCACUCGGCUUUUUAA